AUGGCUACCAAGGGUGAUCACGAGGUUCAACACCUCCGCAAAGCAGCUGAGAAUGAGGUCGAGGAGAAGUUGGGCCAGUCGGCCAUCUUUGAGGCGAAGCAAGCCUCUGAUGAUGAGCAUGCACAGACAUUGAUGCAAGCCCUGACCCAGAACCGAAAGGCGGUGUUUUGGUCUGUCAUGAUUUCGAUGUCUAUCGUCAUGGAAGGAUACGAUGUCAUUCUGAUCAACAACUUCUUUGCGUACCCCGAGUUCCAGAAGAAAUACGGCAGCUGGUAUGGCGAUGAGAUCGGAUACCAGGUGUCUGGGCCGUGGCAGACUGCUUUGACCAUGGCUGCCACGACCGGUGCCAUCUUCGGCGGCCUGAUGAACGGUUUCUUCGCAUCCAAGUACGGCUACCGCUGGGUCAUGAUUGUCGCAAUGGGGUUCCUCAACUGCUUCAUCUUUGUCGUCUUCUUCGCCCACUCUGCCGCCAUGCUCCUUGUCGGACAGAUUCUUUGUGGCUUUUCGUGGGGCGUGUUUGCCACACUCAGUCCAGCAUACGACCGACUCGAUGAAGCUCGGCGAUCAAUCGAAAGACUCAGCGGCGACAAGACUCAAGACCAGAUCAAUGCUCAAUUGGCCAUGAUGGUCCAUACCACCAAGGUUGAAGCUGGUGUCACGAGUGGCGUCUCAUACAAAGACUGCUUCAAGGGUGUCGACCUCCGACGCACGGAAAUCUGCUGCAUCGCCUUCGCUGGCCAAGUCAUGUCCGGCAGCAGUUUCGCAUACACACCAACUUACUUCUUCACGACUGCCGGCAUGAACACUGCCAAUGCCUUUGAAUUGAGUCUUGGUGCGAAGGGAAUGGCUUUCAUCGGUACCUGCCUUUCCUGGUGGCUCAUCACUCAUUGGGGCCGUCGCCAAAUAUAUGUCACAGGCAUGGGUAUUCUGACAGUGAUCCUGUUCAUUAUCGGUAUUCUUGACGUUUCUGCUGGCAAGAAAGGCUUAUGGCCCUCUGGUGGCUUGUGUGUUUUCUGGCUCUUCAUCUACUCCCUUACCAUCGGUCCAAUCACAUACAGCGUAAUCAGCGAGACUUCCUCAGUGCGUCUUCGGCCGUUAACUGUCGUUCUGUCUCGAAACGCGUAUCAACUAGUAAAUAUCGUUUCGCAGGUCUUACAGACUUACAUGAUGAACCCCACGGAGUGGAACUUGCGCGGGAAGGCUGGGUUCUUCUGGGCCGCCACUGCUUGCACCAUCUUCGUUUGGUCCUUCUUCCGUCUACCUGAGGCUAAGGGACGGACAUAUGAGGAGCUUGACAUUCUGUUUGCACGUGGUGUCCCGGCCAGAGAGUUCUCCAAGACUCAUGUAGAUGCAUAUGCGUCCUCCAGCCAGGUUGAGGAUGUUCACCACGCGACCCCGCCGAAGGAAGACUUAUAA